AUGUUACCAGUUAAACGACGUCUGCCAAAUGAACCUCUGCAAAUCACUUGGAUUGAUAUUCCUUUUAAAGUUCGCGAAAUUAUCCUAGAUAAAAUGGAUUCAAAGACUCGCUGUUUAUUUUCAAGAUGCUCAAAAAUAUGCAAUGAAGAAGCCAAAAAAUCGAAAUUCUAUAUUUAUGGAUUGGAAAUUUGUGAUGAUGAUGAUGAUGAAUAUAAUGAUGUACCAGUUUUGAAAAUUAUGUUUGAUGAAUUUGGAAAUGGAUAUUGGUUCGAUUUUAUAUAUACAGGAACAUCUAAUACAAUUGUGGCUUAUAGAUGGUAAGAUUUAUUAAUUGUUAGAAAGAGUGAUGCUAUUUUCCUAACAAUUCUUAAGAAUCACACAUUCAUUUUAGCUUCAAAAAUGGAGAAAAGAUUGCGAUGUGGACAAGUGUCGAAAAUGGAGAUAAUGAAGAAGUUAUGUUGAGAUAUGCGAGAAUGUAUUUGAACAAUUAUCAAAAACAAGUUCAGUUUUUCAAAUUCAGUGUGAGUUUUUUUCUGCAACUCUUUUCAAUUCAAAGAUUAAUUUUUCAGAGUGAAAAAUCAUUAAAUUUCACAUUGAAACAGUUGAAGAAUCUAAAGGAAAUUGAAAUCAAUAAUAAAUAUGAAGAAUGGGAAGAUUUGGAUGCUAUCACAUUCAUUGAUAAACGCGAGGUUUGUAUUUUAUUUAAUUUUAAAACUCAAAAUUAUUUUGAUUUAUUUUCAGCUUUUGAAAAUUGACACAAUCAAGUUAACGAAAAUCAGAUUCACAUCAGAGGAUUUAUUCGAUUUUAAAGGAAAUAAUGCUCAUGUUGUUAUCAAAGAUUUCGGUAGAAAUUAUUUCAAGAAAUAUUUGAAAAUGCUGAAAAAUGGCGACAUUUCAAUUAACUCUAUUAACAUUGUCACAAAUCGUUUAAAAAAUAUGGAUUUUCAAAAAUUAAGGGAAUAUAUUGAUAUUUCACAUCUUAUGGAAAAUGAGGACGAAAUUAUUUUUUCAUUUCAAUUUUGUUCGGAAGAUAGAAAAUAUUCAGUGAUUUAUGAAAAUCUAGUAUUGAAAAUUGAGAGUGAGUUGUUUUUUUGUUUUGGAAAGAUUUUUUUGAAAUAACCUAUGAUUUUAUAGCAAUUGAAGUCUUCGAAAAGAAAGUGGAUCAAUUUAUUUUCUGGCCAAAUUUACCAUUACAUAUUCAAGAAAAUGUAAUUGAUAAAAUGGAUUCAAAAAAGUAGAUGUCGAUUUGCACAAUGCUCGAAAGAUUCCGAAAAAGAAGCCAAAAGAUCCAAAAAUUAUUUGUAUAAAAUUAGUGUUAGCAAUGAUGGAGGUGUUUUGGAAUUACAAUUUUCAUUCGAUGAAAAUUCGGAGAGACAUUUCUGGUUGGAAUUUUUGCGAAAUUAUAAAGAUCAAACAAUUGUCGCUUAUAAAACAGGCAACGAAAAUGAAGAAGACGAAGGAAUGGUAAAAUGGGCGAAAAUUGAGAAUGGUAAACCAAAAGAUGUUCAAUUGAGAUAUUUAAAAGAAUAUCUAGCGAAAUAUCGAAAUGUUGUCAAGUGUUUUACCUUUGAUGUAAGCUUUUUCCUAUUUUUAAAAUAAAAUCUAAAUGAAUAAUUUUACAGGAUGAUUAUAAAUUGUUGAGCGAUUUUAAUGUCAACAGUUUCAAAAAUCUUGAAAAAAUUGAUAUUAAAGACUAUAAUAUGAAUUCACGAGAUUAUUUCAAAGAUGGCAUUUUAAAUUGGAAAACGGUAAGCAAUCAAUAACUUUUAUAUGUAAUACAAUUAUUUUUUCAAACCAGAUUCGUGGAUGCAAACAUGUAUUUCUAUAUAAUAAUGCUGAUUUAUCGUUCGAACAAUUUCUUGAAUUGGAUCUCGAAACUGGAGAUAUUAAAUGUGAUGCACUGGCAGAAGGAGAUAAUUUCAAAAUUUAUAUGAAUAUGCUGAAAAAUGGACAAGUUCAUAGGAAUUUGAAAUCAAUCGAAUUCUGUCUUUUCCAUGAUAAGAAAUUCAGCUUCAAAGAUUUCCAUCCAAUCUCGAAAACUAAAGAUCGAUUUUCAACCCGAAUAUAUAAAUAUCGAUCGAAUUUCAAACAAAAUGGAAUUAUUGCAAUUAUUCGCGAAAAGGGAGAUGCAGAAGAUCUCAUUUCUAUUCAAUGUUAUGAGGGGUCAAUUGGCUCGAUUUAA